UUUUAUUAUAAAUACAAAGCACUCUUCCAAAACCCAUGACGCCCGUGUCAUCAUCACGAUUAGAUGGCCUAGCGGAGGUCACAGAGCUGGAGCAAAUACCCUUGCCAUACAAGGUCCUUUAUCAUACAUUGAUCCUUAAGAAUGAAAUGCCAAUUGAUCUUUUACAAGAGCGUCAACUCUCUGGGUCACAACAACUCUUGACAUGGAUUAAGGCUGCCAUGUCUCUCCUUGAAACUACGAAAGAGGAGGAUGAAGAACUCGAAGCUGAAAUUCAGGAUGUUGUCUCAGGGUUUGGACAAUAUGAAUCUACCAUAGAAUCAAGUAUUGAGAUUUUGUUGCAGUUGGAGGAGGCGAUUUCUGAACGGUCAUCAACACCAUUACCGAAGGAUGAUGAUGGUUCACAGGCUCAUCUCAGUCCAGAGAUCGAAACAGUUUUGAGUGAAUGGUCUCGGUUUCGUGGGAUCGUCAAUGACCUCAGUGGAUCUAUUCGAGAGCAUCAACGACUUCGUGAUGGGAUCCAAAGCGUCCGUAACAUGACUGAACAGACUCAGAUGGCGACAGGGAUCCUUGAAAAGUGCCUGAGGGACAUUGCAGCAGACAGGCAACGGACCGCCGAAUUGGCUCUGCAAGAUAUUAAUUCAUGGAAUGAAAGCUCCACCAGUUUGAACAGUCAAGACAGUGCUAGCUCAUUACGAGCACGAGCCACGACGUCCGGCGUCGAUAGCAAUGACAUGCUGGAGCUAGACUCGAGAAUGGGAUUAUUAGCGCUUCAGAUCGAUACCCUCCAGAAAUCCUACCCAGAAUGUACACGAUCUAGCAAGCUCUUCAAGAGCAGAGCUGGCAGGAACCUGAAGCAGCAAGAGGGGGGUUCAAUUGCGGAAAAGAAAUAUAGAUUGCUCAAGGACUGGCAUGCUUUUCGGACACGUAAAGACCAGCUCUGGCGGGAUCUCGAAGAAUGUGAUCGAUGGAGGACACGGAUUGAGAAAAUGGCUAAGCAAAUUGAGAGUAUGUUGGAGCCUGUCGAGAUUUUCCACAAGAUGUGUGAUGAUACCAUGUUACGGAAGUCUUUGACCGUUGAUAUGCUCGAUAUCGCAGAAGCGCAUGUUGAGCUGUCUGCAUCAUCUGCAUCAUCUGCAUCAUCUGCACCAACCCAUAACAAAUCUUUCAUGGAUCCCGAAGAACCAGUGGACAUGGAAAUGCUUUCAUCCGUUCUCCAAGAACUGGACGAAAAGCAGAACAUGACAGCACCAGCUAUUGAAAAUAUGUUUUGGGUUCAAGAAGGCGAGAUCCAGCACCGAUCAAAAGCUGCAACCGUACCAUCUACUACACCAACGCCAACUUCUGAAACUCCUGUGGAUGCUCCACAGCUCUCUCCUGCUUCAAACUCAACCGCCUCGUCACCCACACCUCCAACUAUGGACCAUUCCCCAUUAUACCCUAGUCUGGCUAUGCUGGAGCGUCAGAGAAAUUUAAAAGAACCGAUGCGACUGGGGCUCUGCCCUCGGCUGCGACGAUCCAACACAGUGAGUACUCAACAAACUCUUCCCACCAGACCUAUUUCACCCAAUUGGAAACCAAGCCACCAUCGGUUCUUGCGUGGCAAAUUAGUGACAUCCAUGUCGAUGGAUUCUUCCGCGGUCCGAAAGUACAUGCUAGUCAAGUCUGAUAAGCCUGUCUGGGACAAGCCCCGACCAUGGUGCCCCUCUGCCAAUCCACAGUCACCUGGCAUGCCUGGAUUCCCAUUGCAGACGUCUUCCUGGGGUUACUAUAUUGUUACUACCUCCAAGAGUGAAGAGAAUUUCGGCGCACUUAUAGCAACACCAGCUCCACCACCUGUUCGUGCCCCUACUCCAAAGCCCCCACCUCCUCCCAAGUUUAAUCGACCUCCAUUCUCUCCAGGCGGUAACCGUCGGUACACAGCUUUCAAUAAGCCUCCUCCACCUCCUCCAUCACGUUCACUGUCUGUGACAGGUGAUUAUAAGAAUAACCCUUACUUGACAGCAUCAGGAGAUACGAUCGACUGGGCCAAGACGCUUCGACGCUCAACCUCGGUCACAAAUAUCAAGCCCAUCAACCCACGUGGCCGUAAUACACCAGCAAGCAGACAGAAGAGAGCAGUAUCUGCUGCAGCAGGAACUAUUCAAGGCCAGGGUAUUGGCUCAAAUUCCAACAAAAAUAGGAGUAGUCUGCAGCUCUCGAGCGGUGCAUGGGAUUCAAAACAUAACAAUGGCACUAAUAACAAUGGCAGCCGCAGACACUCACUAUCUUCCUUGUCAGAGGAAGGCACAAUUAUGGGACAUAGCAUCAGUGCUAACGGCCACAAGAAGGGUGGAAACGGAGAACACCGUGGAAGUAAUAGCAACAAUCCACUUAUGAUGCAGAAUAACGACUCAACCUCGAGUGUCGACUCAACAGAUAGUUCGUCAUCAACAUCGUCAUUGGCGUCCAUCUAUUCUGCGCUUUACGACGGAGGUCGCACGAGUAGCAACAAUGGUAAUAAUAACAAUAACUAUGGUUCCUCGUUAUCAUCAUCGAUUGGAGGACGAUCACCUUCACCGUAUGAGCCCAUGUUCGGCAUGUCGUCAUCGUCAUCGGCAUCUCUGAGAUAUUGUUCAAGUUCACUCAGUAACCACAGUGGUAACAACAGCAGCAACAGCAACAACGAUGACGAUUUCUCGUCUUCGAAAUUCCAACAACACCUGCAAAAGCAACAACAAGAGUACCGUCAGCGGCAACGACAACGACAACAUAAAGAACAGAUGAAGAAAUUGGGAACGACAUCUGCAUCAUCAUGGAUGAGCAUGAACAUGAACUUGAAUACAGGUAGCAUCCUGUCAGCUCUGUCAUUUACCGUUCCAACAUAUAAUUUUGAAGAUGAAUUUGGACCUUUGGGUCAGAGGAAGGAUUCAAUCACUGCUAUGUAACAACAACCAAGCAACAAACACAUUGCCGCCA